AUGGUCCCCGCGAUCGAGGAGGCGUUCUUCUCCUCCCCGGGCAACGCAAAGUUUUCCAACGACCGAGAGGCGCUGUACAACGCGACCAACGACACCGGCUUCCACCCGAAGUUAGACAUCGCGAUCACGGCCGCGUUCGAGAAGAUCGACGUCGAGGUCAAGCGCAUCGAUCAGUCCGGCACGACCGCGGUCGUCGUCCUGUUGAAGAAGCACGGCCCGAACGGCGACGUCGCGGUGAAGUGCGCGUGGUGCGGGGAUUCGCGCGCGGUGAUGGCGAAAAAUUUCGAGUACGGCGCGGGCGGGCUCGUCGACUUGUCGUCCGAUCACAAGCCCGAGGUGCCGUCCGAGCAGGCGCGGAUCGAGCGGCAUUAUAAGGACAUCCACGGGGAUAACUCGUUCAAGUCGCGCGAGGCGGUGGGCCGGCGCGGGGACGGGAACGACGGGUCGCCGAAGGGGGCGUCUCCCGGGGGCACGCAGCGACGCGGGAACCUCGACGUGGAAGUCACGAUCGGGCACAAGGAUCAUCACUUCGACGAGGACGCGGGGGAGGGCGAGGACACGUUCGGGGAGAUGAAAGGCCCGAGCAGAAGCAAGAGCGUGAAGGGGAAUGGCCAGGACGCGAACUCCGGGUCGCGGAUAUCCUACGUCGGAUUUUACAAGGACACGAAAACCGGCCAAGCGUUGUCGAAAGAGCGCGUCUUCUCGUCCUCGGGGGAGUCGCACGGGGUGUCCAGGAGCAUCGGCGACCGCGGCGCCGCGCGCGCGUGCGUCGCGACGCCGGACUUUAAGAACACGAUCUUGAGCGCGAGCGGAGGGGGAAGGAUCGUCAUCGCGUCCGACGGCGUGUGGGACUGCUACUCCUCGCAGAAGGCGAUGGCGACGAUCAAGGGCGUCUCGAAAGUCGACACCGCCGCGAAGAAGAUGUGCGUCGCCGCGAGGGAGAAGCGCGAGUACGGCGGGUUCUCUAUGGACGACAUCUCCGUGAUCGUCGUCGACGUCGGGAAGUGGAAACCGAGCUCGGGGGGAGAGGGUAAGCAGCCGGGCGGAUGCAGUUGCGUCGUGCAGUGA